UGAGAAGUCGAAAUACACAAGAUUCGCGGCGGAAGCAGAUAUAGGGCGCCGGAGCGGCUGAAGGCGCUGCAACUGGUGGCGACGUGGGUUCUUCUCCGAUCGGUGGCGCCGUGGUGGUAAAGCGCGAAGAAAGUGAGGAGAGAGAUUAUUUGAUUCGCUAAUUUCGAGCCCUAAUUGUAUUCGAAUCAAUAUGUAUUCACUGAACUGUUGAGGUUAUUAAUAAUUGGCGGAAGGACAUAAUUAAUAAUACAAGAAGACCUAAAAUGGCGGAGAUAGGUCAAGAAUCGGUGGAAUUUUCGACUCUGGUGAGUCGAGCUGCAGAGGAAUCAUACCUUUCUCUGAAAGAAUUGGUGGAGAAAUCGAAAUCUUCCGACAUGUCGGAUUCCGAAAAGAAGAUUAGCAUACUCAAGUAUCUUGUUAAGACUCAGCAGCGCAUGCUCCGACUCAAUGUUCUUGCCCAGUGGUGUCAACAGGUGCCACUGAUACAAUACUGUCAGCAACUUGCUUCAACCCUGUCAAGUCAUGAAACAUGUUUCACUCAAGCUGCAGAUUCAAUGUUUUUCAUGCACGAGGGACUACAACAAGCUCGUGCUCCAAUUUAUGAUGUUCCAUCUGCCAUCGAAGUUCUCCUUACCGGCACCUACCAGCGUUUACCCAAGUGCACAGAAGAUGUGGGUAUCCAGAGCACGUUAACUGAUAAACAGCAGAAGCCUGUAUUGAAGAAGUUGGACACUAUCGUCAGAUCAAAGUUACUUGAAACUUCGCUACCCAAAGAGUUCUCUGAGGUCAAAAUUUUCGAUGGUACAGUACAUCUUUGUGUACAAGGAGAGUUUAAGGUACUGCUAACUCUCGGUUAUCGUGGACACCUUUCAAUGUGGAGAAUAUUGCAUUUGGAGGUACUUGUUGGUGAGAGAAGUGGUCUAGUGAAGCUUGAAGAAACAAGGCGAUUUGUUCUCGGAGAUGAUUUGGAGCGCAGAAUGGCUGCUUCUGACUCUCCUUUUGCAACUAUGUACUCUAUUUUGCAUGAAUUUUGUGUAGCUCUUAUCAUGGACACUGUAAUAAGACAAGUACAAGCACUUAGGCUAGGCAGAUGGAAAGAUGCAAUUCGGUUUGAGCUCAUAUCUGAUGGUAAUCCUGGUCAAGGUAGUGCUACUGGCUCUGUGCAAAUGAAUCAAGAUGGAGAAACUGAUUCUGGUGGUUUACGGACUCCGGGACUAAAAAUUCUUUAUUGGUUGGAUUGUGAUAAAAACAAUGGGACAUCGGACGCUGUAUCAUGUCCUUUCAUUAAGAUUGAACCAGGGCAAGAUCUGCGGAUAAAAUGUCUCCACAGUGCAUUUGUCAUCGAUCCUCUAACUAACAAGGAGGCAGAAUUUUCUAUUGACCAGAGCUGUAUUGAUGUUGAGAAAUUGCUACUAAGAGCUAUAUGGUGUAACAAGUUUACUCGCCUGCUUGAAAUCUAUAAGGAGUUGGGGGAAAAUAGUCAUAUUCGUCGAGCCGCGGGUGAUGUUCUCCUUCACUGCCCCGUUGAUCAACCUGGUGCUGAAUACAAAGCGGACAAUAAAUCAGAUUCUGAAGGGCAGGAAGUACUACGUGUUCGUGCCUAUGGUUCAUCAUUUUUUACACUUGGAAUAAAUAUAAGGACUGGGCGCUUUCUUCUUCAUUCUUCUAGAAGUACCAUUGCACCUUCAGCACUAAGAGAAUGUGAGGAAGCACUAAACCAGGGAAGUAUAACCGCAGCUGAAGCAUUUAUUAGCUUGAGAAGCAAGAGCUUUUUGCAUUUAUUUGCAUGCAUUGGGAGGUUUUUAGGCCUUCAGGUGUAUGAACAUGGCUUUUCUCCCGUGAAGGUGCCAAAACAUAUCUUAAAUGGUUCUAAUAUGCUGCUUAUGGGAUUUCCUGAUUGUGGGAGCUCUUAUUUUCUGCUGAUGCAACUUGAAGAGGACUUUAGACCUCUUUUUAAGUUGUUAGAGACUCAGGCAGAUCCACCAGGAAAACCUGAAUCAUCUGGUGUCUUGAAUCAAGUUACUCGCAUUAAAAAUGUUGAUGUAAAUCAAAUGCAUAUGCUGGAAGACGAACUCAAUUUGAGCCUUCUUGAUUAUGGUGCCCUAACACUUCCUGCAAAUGCUGUGGGAACUAAUCAAACUUCUGAGAAUGGUCUUUCUGAUUUGAGUGUUGAAGGUUCUGGUCUUCUAUCUGCUUUUUCUUCAAUUGUGGACGAAGUCUUUGAGCAAGAAAGACGAUCCUCGGCACCUGCCUUUCCUGUACAGAGUUUCAACACUACGUUUAAUACUACCACUAAUCACGGGUCUGGACCAACAAUAAGUUCGUCUCCCAAGUGGGAAGGAGGGCCACAGAUGUCUCAUAUUGAUAAUCCUGCAGGUUCCAGUUGGAAUGGUGCGUUGUAUCCUACGAGUAACUACAAGGGUAGGAUACCUUCUGUUUCCACCAGUUCAAUCGCUCCUGCCCCUGGAAGGAGCACAGUCAUGAAGAAACUGCCAGCUUCAAAGUCUGAUCAAGAUUUGGCAUCUAGAUCUCCACAUUCUGCCGAAGUGGGUUCUUAUAUCACAAUGGAAGAGGAUCAGCUGGGAGUGGCAGGUAGUCGGUCUUCUCGGCUAUCAUCUCUACCCCAGUCAAGUGGCCCUCGAGUUUCUGCAGCAAGUGCAAGAGCAAAUGCUUUCAGAAAUUCAGUUACUGGGACUCCAGCUCCAGCCCCAGAUUCCCCCAUGUGCACUAGCUCCCUUCCUGCUGUUGUAUCUAAAUAUGAUAAUGGAUCACGAAAGCGUGCAUUGAUGGACAUGUUAGACUUACUCCCAUCACUCAAAUGCCCAGAGAUCCUUGAAGGAUCUUUCAAGAGAAGAAAAAUCACAAAUUCAGUUUCUACCCAACGGUCUUCAUUGCAGACACAAAGUCCUUUAGGUGUUGUCAAUAAUAUUGAAAAAUACAGAUACGUGAAUCUUAUAGCAGAAGCAAAUAAGGGGGAUGCACCCUCCAGUAUAUAUGUGUCAGCUCUUCUGCAUGUUGUCAGGCAUUGCUCCCUCUGUAUCAAACAUGCUCGUCUAACUAGUCAGAUGGAUGAACUUAACAUUCCAUAUGCUGAAGAAGUGGGUCUGAGAAAUGCUUCUUCAAACAUAUGGUUCAGGCUCCCAUUUGCUAGAGGUGAUGCAUGGGAGCACAUAUGCUUGAGAUUAGGACGACCAGGAAGCAUGUAUUGGGAUGUCAAAAUUAAUGAUCAACACUUCAUGGACUUAUGGGAGCUUCAGAAGGGAAGCACUAGUACUCCAUGGGGUUCUGGUGUUCGGAUUGCCAAUACAUCUGACAUUGAUUCUCAUAUUCGUUAUUAUGCGGAUGGUGUUGUUUUAACUUACAAUUCCGUUGAAUCCGAUAGCAUUAAAAAGUUGGUUGCAGAUAUUCAGCGGCUAUCUAAUGCUCGGACAUUUGCUCUUGGAAUGCGGAAACUACUGAUUAUAAAAUCUGAUGAGAAAACAGAAGAAAGUCGAUCUAGUUCUGAUGCUAAAGCACCACCAGGAGCAAAGAGUACUUCUGAAGCAGUUGAUAAAUACUUGGAACAGAUGAGGAGGGCAUUUAAAAUCGAGGCAGUUGGACUAAUGAGUUUGUGGUUCAGUUUUGGUUCAGGGGUCCUUGCUCGCUUUGUUGUUGAAUGGGAGUCUGGUAAAAGUGGCUGUACAAUGCAUGUAUCACCUGACCAACUUUGGCCUCACACAAAGUUUUUAGAAGAUUUCAUCAAUGGAACUGAAGUUUCAUCCCUUUUGGACUGCAUUCGCCUCACAGCUGGACCCUUACAUGCUCUUGCUGCUGCAACACGUCCUGCACGAGCUGCUCCUGUUUCCGGGGUCCCUGGUUCUGCUUCAUCUGUACCCACACUAUCAAAAGCGAGUGUGUAUGGGCAAAUGCCAAACAAUUCCAAUAAUGUUGGUCACAGUUCUGCUCCUGGUGGGAAUCCUGGUGCUUCUGCCAUCAGCACUCUUGGAACUCAUGGUCAUCAUGGGUCUGCAAUGUUGACUGCUGCUUCUGCGGCUGGGCGAGGUGGCCCUGGAAUCGUUCCUAGUUCCCUGUUGCCAAUUGAUGUCUCUUUUGUUCUUCGUGGUCCUUAUUGGAUACGGAUAAUAUACCGCAAAUAUUUUGCAGUUGACAUGCGGUGUUUUGCUGGAGAUCAAGUUUGGUUGCAACCAGCAACACCGCCUAAGGGAGGUCCUACGGUCGGUGGAUCAUUACCUUGUCCGCAAUUUCGGCCCUUCAUCAUGGAGCAUGUUGCUCAGGAGUUGAAUGGCUUGGACCCUAAUUUCACUGGUGGUCAACAAUCAGUUGGACCAACUAAUUCCAACAAUUCUGGUGCACCUUCCAGUCCACAAGUCUCGGCAUCGAAUGGCAACAGAGUGAGCCUUGCAGGUCCUACUGGAAUGUCUCGUCCAGGGAACCAACCAGUUGGUUUUAGUCGUGCUACAAACGCCAUGCCAACAUCAUCAACUUCAUCUUUAGGAAGCUCAGGAUUGGCUCUGCGUAGACCACCUGGUACAGUUGUUCCUGCUCAUGUUAGGGGAGAGUUGAAUACAGCCAUUAUUGGGCUUGGGGAUGAUGGAGGUUAUGGUGGAGGAUGGGUUCCUCUUGUUGCUCUCAAGAAGGUUCUUCGAGGCAUUCUGAAAUACCUUGGAGUAUUAUGGCUAUUUGCACAAUUACCAGAACUCUUGAAGGAGAUCCUUGGAUCGAUUCUAAAGGACAAUGAAGGUGCACUCCUAAAUUUGGAUCAAGAGCAGCCAGCCUUGCGCUUCUUUGUCGGGGGGUAUGUAUUUGCCGUUAGCGUCCACAGAGUUCAACUUCUCCUCCAAGUUCUUAGCGUAAAACGGUUUCAUCAUUCACAGCAACAGCAGCAGAACUCGGUUAUUGCUCAAGAGGAACUAAGCCAAUCCGAAAUAGGCGAGAUAUGCGACUACUUCAGCCGUCGUGUUGCAUCCGAACCGUACGACGCUUCACGUGUUGCCUCGUUCAUCACUCUACUUACGUUACCGAUUUCCGUUUUACGAGAGUUCUUAAAACUAAUAGCAUGGAAAAAAGGUUUGGUUCAGACCCAAGGCGGUGACAUUCCACCCGCUCAGCGAUCAAGAAUCGAGCUAUGUCUCGAAAAUCAUUCCGGACUGUACACAGAUGGCAACUCCGAUAAUUCUUCAGUGUCCAAAAGUAAUAUUCAUUAUGACCGCCCUCAUAAUGCCGUCGACUUUGGUUUGACUGUCGUUCUUGACCCCGCACACAUACCUCACAUUAACGCUGCUGGCGGUGCCGCGUGGUUGCCCUACUGCGUUUCCGUGAGGUUGAAGUAUUCAUUUGGCGAUAACCCGAGCGUUUGCUUUCUGGGAAUGGAAGGCAGCCAUGGUGGACGGUCAUGCUGGCUCCGUUUGGAAGAUUGGGAGUAUUGUAAACAGAGAGUCAUUCGGAUGGUGGAUAUGAACGGAUCUUCGGGUGGUGAUGCAAACCAAGGAAGAUUGAGAAUGGUUGCGGAUAACGUGCAAAGAGCACUACACUUGUGCCUUCAAGGAUUGCGGACGGGGGGCGGUGGCAGCAGUGGUGGCGGCGGCGGGGUUGCUACCGGAGGCAACACUACAUGACAAAGGUGAUAUGUUUCUUAUAUACAUGUGUGUUUAACCAUGAAUAUAGUGGAGUUGGGUUUGUAAUGGUAUGGUUUGGGGCUUAAUUUACAUGUAUUAUCCUUAGGUUAAAAGUAGGGUAAAGUUUUCCCUGUAUAGGAAAUGUUUUCAUUUUCCAGUUUGUAUAAACAUUUUGUCCUGUCCACUUCUCUGAACAAUAACAAAUACUAGUUUCAGUGC